AUGGACGACGUCGACUCAGCUUUAGUAGAUAAUGUUAAAUCCUUUGCCGCUGGAGGUUUCGGUGGUAUCUGUGCGGUGCUAACUGGACAUCCUUUUGAUUUGGUCAAAGUUAGAUUACAAACUGGUUUAUACAACUCAGCAAUCCAAUGUGUUAAAGAUACAGUGGCUAAAGAUGGGUUAACUGGUCUUUAUAGAGGUGUUCUCCCACCAUUGAUUGGUGUCACCCCAAUGUUUGCCGUGUCCUUUUGGGGUUAUGAUGUAGGUAAGAAAUUAGUCGGAAGCUUUACCGGCAAAACCGCUGACCAAUUCACAAUCAAAGAUAUCUCUACUGCCGGUUUCAUUAGUGCUAUCCCAACUACAUUGGUUGCAGCUCCAUUUGAAAGAGUGAAAGUGAUGAUGCAGAUCCAAGAAGGUGCCAAGUCUAAAGGUAUGGGUGCUGUUAUUGCAGAAAUGUACAAGACUGGCGGUAUCAGAUCCAUUUUCAAAGGUUCAGUUGCUACGUUGGCCAGAGACGGCCCAGGUUCAGCCUUGUAUUUCGCCACAUACGAAUACUUGAAAAAAGAGUUGUCUACUCCAGGCAAGGACUUGAGUAUCUUUGCAAUUAUGACUGCAGGUGGAUUUGCCGGUGUCGCUAUGUGGUUGGGUGUCUUCCCCAUUGAUACAAUCAAAUCCACCCAGCAAUCAUCAAAUGUCCCAAUCUCAAUUGGACAAGUUACAAAAAACAUUUACGCUAAAGGUGGAAUCAAGGCAUUUUUCCCAGGUGUGGGACCUGCAUUGGCUAGAUCGUUCCCUGCCAACGCUGCCACAUUCUUGGGAGUCGAGGUGGCCAGAAAAGCUUUGGACAAGGCAUUUUAG